AUGGAGAUGAGUAAGGUUGCGGUCGAGGCUGUAGUCGAGGUUGCCUCAGACGUGACGGUCCAUGGAAUGAUUGCCUUUGCCACGGCGUGCGUGGGAUACGCGGCUGUGAGCGCGACUCGGGCCGACGCGGCCGCAGAGAGCUCGCGGGCCAUGAUGGAGAUGCUGACGACAGGCGCGGUGGACGGCACGUCUGCGCUUGUCUUUCCGCUGAUGCUAUCGGCCAUGCUCCUAGCCAUGUACUUUCUCUUUGCCUACAUCGGGGUCUUUGUGGCGCUGGUCGCCAUCGGCUACGCGGUCGCCGGCCUCAUCCUCUUCCUCCACGCCGCCAUUGUUGCCGCUGGUUGGGCGCCGCUGAUGGCCCUCGCCUCGCCGCUGCCCAUUCCGCCGUGGCCGCUGCCGCGCGGAUACGUGGCGCUCGGACUGGCGCUGGCUGCUGGCUGGCUGGGGUACGGCGGAUGGGUGCUGAACAACGCACUCGCCGCCGGCAUGGUCGUUCUCGUGGUCACCCUCAUGCGCCUCCCCAACCUCAAGAUCGGCUACGCGCUCCUGCUUGGACUGGUGGUCUUUGACGUCGCCUGGGUCUUUUAUUCGGCGCCGGUCUUUGGCGACAACGUCAUGGUCAAGGUGGCGACGUCCGAGGCGGUCAAUCCGGCACGGACGGUGGCGACCUCGCUCUCGCUGCCGGGCCGCCUCCUGGCCUACAUUCCACGCAAGCUGCCGAUGAUCAACAAGUUGGUUGUGCCGUACAGUGAUGGCCGCGGGUACGCGAUGCUAGGCCUUGGCGAUUUGGCUCUCCCGGGCGUGCUCCUGGCCUUUGGCCUGCGGAUGGACCGCAAGCUGGGCAAGCGGGUCCGGCCUUCGCUCUCACUGCGGACUUACUUUGGCUGUGCGCUCGCGGCGUACUACGCCGGCCUCUGGCUCGCGCUCGUGGCCUCGCGAAUGAUGCGCCACCCGCAACCGGCGCUGCUUUACCUGGUACCUGCCACGCUGGCCGCCAUCUCGCUCCGCGGCCUCGUCGCUGGCGAGCUCCGGGCGCUCUGGCAGGCCAAGCCGCUGGUGGCGGCCGACGGCCCGCCGGUGUGA